AUGUCCGUCGACGAAUCUCAAAACAACAACGAAGCACUUCUGGCUUCUCACAGAGCACUCUUCCCGCACAUGUCCGACAUGUAUCUCUCCGUACUCACGAAACGCGGCCUUGGUCUCCCUGAUCAAUACCAUCAACCUAACGCCAUGUCUUGGGCAAUAAAUGUUCUCAAGGACCUCGACAGUUCCGAACAUGAUUUUAAUUACGAAGGGCUUUGGGCGGUGAGCGGCACUUUAAGAGGUUGCUCGGAUGAGACUUUCAAAGGAGUUUUGGUGCGAGCCAGAGUAGCUGAACUUUGGGAGCGAGAACGGGACCAUCACUGCUUUCUCAACGGCCUGUGGACCAAGUUUCCGAAGAAAUAUGCCGAUCCGGACUGGUCAGGAAGACUCUCCCCAACUGUGACUUAUUAUACCGAAGCACCUUCUGAAGAUACAGAUGACGACACAGUCACGGACCCAGACGCGUGUACGGACCAAGAUAUUGAUUUGUACGACAUCAUCUCUCCCACACUUGCAAGCACAAAGGAGAUUUCAUCCCCAGAAACGGAAGACGCAUUGAGUAUCGGAAGUGCUUAA